GCUCCCAGCUGCAGAUCUACACCCCCCCGUCCUCCCAGGCCCCGCUGGGCUCUGGGGCGCUGCUGAAAUGCCGGUUCAGCAUUGGGGAGCAGAUUGACCUGAGCUCCCUGCGGGUUCAGUGGUAUUUCUCAGGGCGCCGGAUACUGGAGUACCCACCGGGGCAGGGAGCUCCCCAGCCCGGAGCCAGCAUCUCGGAGCAGGAGCUAAGGAACGGAAACGCCUCGCUGUCGCUGGCCAGAGUGACGCUGUUUGACCAGGGGCCGUAUAAAUGUGUCGUCGGGUACGGUGUGGAGGAGCUGCAGAGUGAGACGACCCUCAGCGUGGCCGCUGCUCCGAGAAUCUCCAUCCCCCGGCGAUCGGCCAGGAAAGAUACUGAGAGCUUUUUCCUGUGCCACGUGUGGGGAUUCUACCCUGAGGAUGUCACCGUCACGUGGCUGAGAGACGGGCGGGUUCUGACUGACGCCACCCGCUCUGCCCCCCAGAGGAACCCGGACAGGACCUUUAAUCUCACAGCAGUUUACAUCUUCACCCCCAUCGAGAGUGACUCCGGCAGCAUCUUCUCCUGCCGCGUCAGCCACGCGGCUCUGGCCCAGCCCCUGCAGGAGGAGUUCCCCCUGGCUGUCACAGCUGCUCCCAGACUCUCCAUCCCCCGGCGAUCGGCCGGGACAGACACAGCAAGCUCCUUCCCCUGCCACGUGUGGGGAUUCUACCCCGGGGACGUCACCGUCACGUGGCUGAGAGACGGGCGGGUUCUGACCAACGCCACCCGCUCUGCCCCCCAGAGGAACCCAGACGGGACCUUUAACCUCACCCUGACCUACACCUUCACCCCCACCAUGAGCGACUCCGGCAGCAUCUUCUCCUGCCACGUCAGCCACGCGGCUCUGGCCCAGCCCCUGCGGGAGGAGUUCCCCCUGGAUGUCACAG